AUGGCACCGAGAAUACCCGACAGAUGGCUGGAUUAUAAAGCCGUUGGAGAUCGCAUAGAGGGCACCAGGUUUAUUGCCUUUAAAGUUCCCUUGAAACCGCAACUAACUGAGGCCGAAAAUCGUUUUGAUGGUAAAAUGCUAUUGGAGCAAGUACCCAAUUUGGGUAUAAUUAUUGAUCUAACCAAUACCAAUCGUUAUUAUAAUCCAAAAGUCUUUGAAGACGAGGGUGUCCAACAUCAAAAAUUGAUGAUUCCUGGCCAUGUUACACCACCGCAAAGAUUGAUAAACAAAUUUAAGGACUAUGUUAAGGAGUUUUUACAAAAUAACCCAGAUAAUGAUAAACUAAUUGGUGUCCAUUGUACACAUGGUGUUAACCGAACCGGCUUUCUAAUCUGUAACUAUAUGGUAUCGGAAAUGUCUGUGGAACCCAAUGAUGCGAUAGAAAGUAAGUUGAGACCUCACACAGAUAUCAAAAAUGCCCUGCGGAAUAUAAAUGGCGAAAAUAAUGACAAUGAUAACACGGAAGAUAAUAACCCAACAACAACUACCUUAAACAAUCCUCCCGAUGAUGAUGAUGAUCGUAAAUCUAGAGAAAGAACAACAAUAUCACCCCGUAUGAGGCCGCAACAAAGUUCCGAACGUAGUUGGAGAGCUACGGAAAGAAGGGAUCGAAGUGAAAAUAAUAAUGAUAAUCGAAGAUGGAGAAAUCCCAACAGGAAUUCACAUGAUAGAAAUGAAACUAACAACAAUAGCAACAGUAACAGAAGUUGGAGAAAUUCCUCGAAUAGACCGCCAUCACCAAAAAUGGCGCGACGUGCUCCUCACCACCAACAGCACCAACAACAACACCAGCAUAUAAGACGUCGCAAUAAAUAUCAACAACAAUGCUAUCAACUGGCCAAUAGUGGAAAUAAUAAUUUUGAAUUUCGUGGACGCAGUGCAAUGACCUAUGGCAAUGAUACGGACAAUAGCUCGGCAUAUCGGCCGCAAGCGCACAAUCAGAUGUAUAAUCAUAGCAACAAUUACAACAACAAUACUUAUAACCAAAAUGAUCGCUAUGAUAGGCAGCAUCAUUCCAGAGAAACAACAAAUAUAAAUCGUCCAUAUGGUCGGGAUAAUAGUGGUGGGGGUGGUGGUGAUGAAAGGCAACGUUCUACCUCAGCGGGACGAAGCAGGCAAUCGUAUCACACAAUAAUUCAUCGUCGUCAGCGGUAG